UACAGAGUUAGGAACAGAUCAAUAACCAUGGUUUCAAGAAACACAAGGUCGUUAAGAAAUAACCAGAACUCAACGCCAUCUGAGACAAAUGGUAGCGCCAAUAUGAUUGAAAGUGAGACUAUUGCUGCUGGUGCUGAGACUAACACAGAUUCUCCAAAUGGAAGAACUUCAGCCACCAAAGUUAAACUACCAAAGAAGAAAACCUCAAAGGUUUGGGAUCAUUACACUAAAAUUUUUGUUGAAGAAACAGUGGAUGACAUGGUUACCAAGAAGCCCAUGGCAGCAUGCAAGUAUUGUGUUGAUGUUCUUUGUGCCUCAAGCAAGCAAGAUCAAAAUGAUGUAUCUUCAAUUCUUGAUGAGUUACCAAGUGAUGAUUAUAUAAAUGAUGAAGUCCAACAAGAUGAAGAUUCCAAAAUCUCAGGUCAAAGUGGCAUUCCGUAG